AUGCUUCGUUCUGUCAGCGCGCUCCGGCUCCUUGCGCUCCUGUUGCUGCUGAGCAUGAGUUCAGCUGUUGAAAAUAACGCCACAGAGUCCGUAAGUCCUCAGCUGGUCCCUGAAACUCAGGACCCGCCGACCGAUGAAGACACAAACCAGGCGAGGAAUAGAGGGAGACGGCCUUCUGACUCUCUGCGUGAUGGGCCAGACCAGAGCCAGGUGGGCUGCAGGGAGUUGAGGUCCACGAAGUACAUCUCUGAUGGCCAGUGCACCAGUGUCAACCCUAUCAAGGAGCUGGUGUGUGCUGGGGAGUGUCUGCCAGCUCAGCUGCUGCCCAACUGGAUUGGUAGAACUCACACUGGGAGGUACUGGAGCCGCCGCGAUGCUCAGGAGUGGCGCUGUGUUAUCGAUCGAACCAGGACCCAGCGGAUCCAGCUGCAGUGCCACGAUGGGAGCACGAGGACCUACAAGAUAACUGUGGUGACCUCCUGCAAAUGCAAGCGCUACACCAGACAGCAGAACGAUUCACGACACAAGGACACAUCUGGAAAUACUGGUAAACAGAGGAAGAAUCAGGGGAGGCCUGGACUGCUGGAGAUGAAUGCUGGGAGCGAGUCUGCUAACUGA